AUGAUCUCCGACGACGACCUCCACCGUCUCGCCGUGUUCCUCGGUUGCUGCGCCAUGAUGAUGAUCGUCCUUUAUCAUUUCCUCGAAGUAAACGCGAAAGAUGACAUCCCCGAUCAGAAAAGUGCGAUCAAGAAGUCUACGAGUGGUUCUGGAACUCUCGCUCCGACUGACACAUAG